CCAAGUAACACUGACGGGAGAGACCUGGGUGAAGAACAUGCUGCUGUGUAUUUCUCUGCACAGCAGCAUGUCUCCCUAGUGAAACACACAGCACAUUAUGCAAAAUGGCACACAGUUAACUCUUUGAUUGCCCCAGAUGUUAACCCCUUCCUGCCCAGUGUCAGUGGUUUUUAUUAGCACUGAUCACUGUAUUGGUGUCAUUGGGAUGUCAGUGGCAGUUAGUUCCCCCCAGUAUCAGAAUGACCGCCGCAGUCCCGCUAUAAGUCGCUGAUUGCCGCCAAUGCUAGUAUUAAAAUAAAAAUUCCAGUAUACAUACCGCCAUUUGUAGAUGCUAUAACUUUCAUGUAAACCAAUUAAUUUUG